AUGGCGCCCACCCAGCCAGACCAUCGCACAGCGCGCCCCGCCAAAUCGAUCCUCAAGUCAUCCGACAAACCAAUCAUAGCCACGAAGUCGAAGCCCAAACCAGUGGCCCCAGAAUCUCUCUUUCCAAAUACCAAAGCCGACAAGCGCCGCAUAAAACAUGCCAACCUCAUCUCAAAGGUCCACAAGUCCUCUGCAGCCGCCAGCAAGAACGCCAAACGCCAAAGGCGGCCAAACAAGAAAUUAGUCGCAACUCUCGACUCACUUGCAGAUGCAUUGCCUGACGCUGAUGACUCGCCAGCCUCGGAAGGAGCAGUGGGAGGUGCUGUCACUAUAAGAGACGGCGCUGAUGUCGUCGAUCAGGUCAACGUAAUCCGGAGGAAGAGUAUGAAGAGCAAACCGGGAGCGCUGAAGCGGAAGCAAGCACUGGACAAUCAGGAGCGGGCGAGGUGGGCGAAGAAUUUGGCGCAGUUGAGCGCGCCUGAUAAUAGGGCGAGCGCAGGCGGGAAUGGUCAUGAUGCAGCGGCGGUGCCGGUGGUCGGGAGCACGCAGGACAGGUGGGCGGCGUUAAGGGGCUUUAUUGGGCAGACGCUCGAGCGACGGGCGGAUGUGGUCGCGAGCAAGGGCUGA